AUGAUUCAUUCAAUUAUCGAUUUUACAUGUUUUGCAAUCUCCUUGUUAGUAUUGUACCGAAUUAAAUAAUGCCGAUAUUGUUACUACAAUUUUGUAGCACUUCAUUUGUUUUAUAUCAUUUCAAAUUUCGUGCAUUCAAGCAUGCGUACGUAGCCACUGAACAUGCACGUAAUCAUGGGGCAUGCGCAUAAGACCGCGAGGCAUAUAUCUGUCGAUGUUGAUACAUUUCGUCGGUGUGACAGAUUUUCUAACCUAAAUUACCGUCAAUUUUAAUAAUUAAUAUCUCGUUCCACAAGGCAGAGCGACGAAUUUUUCAAGUUGGAAAGUUGUUUGUCUUGCAGAAAUGCGUCGAUUAAGUAUUUUUUCGUCGAUAUUGGAGGAGCAGUUCCAUGCAUAUGAAUACAGUUAAAUUAAAGAUGUCCAGAUGGCGUGUACAGGGUGUCCCAGAACAACCAGAUUUCCCCUUAGGGGAUGAAAGGAGGUGCAAUUUGGAACCAAAUGUUCAUCUACCACUUUUGGGAGCAGUCCCAUGAAUACGAAUAUAGUUAAAUCAAAGAUGUCCGGAUGGCGUGUUAGAUCGCAGUAAAUCGCGAUGCAGGCAUAUAGUUGUUCGACGUAAUACGGAGGGGAUAAAAUCGACCAAAAUAUCGUUCUUACGUGUUCUGAGAAAAUGAUGACAUCGCUGCACCAUUCUCGCCGUAUUGAGUGUUGUGUCCAGUUGGUCUACAAAUAAUCUCCAUUAUCAUUACAUUAAAAAAGAAGAAAACAACAAGAAAUUAUGGAAAACAACGCUAAGUACGUAGUGAUACCUCUUCACCAUCGGCCUGAUUUGAUUACUGAUUGUUGUAAGUUACUUAAUUCUGAGUGGCCUCGAAGCGAAACUGCACGAAUGAAAUCUCUGAAUGUGUCUUGCGAUAAUUUUCCUACGUGUCUAAUUCUGAUUAAUGAUAAGAACAAGGUACUUGGACAUUGUAAAAUAUCUUUAGUGGCUAAAUCGAAAGUUAGUUGUUUCAUAGAAUCUGUUGUAAUCGACUAUCGCUGUAGAUCUCAAGGAUUAGGAUCUAGAUUGCUACAUGGCGUAGAAGAAUACGUAACGAAAAGAGGCCUGAAGAAUAUCUAUUUAAAGACAAAUGGCCAGGAGAUAUUUUAUUAUAAAAAUGGAUACAAAGUAUGCGAUCCAUUUAAAGCAUAUGGUAUUAAUGAUAUCAUAACCGUCAAUCCGCCCCUUGGCAGAAUAAAAUUCCAAGAACAAAAUAGCGAUAAUUCUGCCGAACAACCACCUCUACCGCCGCCGCCGCCGCCACCUCCGAUGCCAGUAUUUCAACUAUCGAGAUUUUUCGAUGUACGAAUGUUAUCUCAGAAAACGCAUAUGGAAAUAGGUAUCUGUUACUGAUUGUUGAUUGUUUCACUAAAUGGGUUGAAGCUUUUCCUGUGAAAAACAUAAGGGCCAUUACUGUAGCAGAUGUAUUUGUGAAACAAUUUAUUUCUAGGCAUGGAGUACCUCUGGAGCUUCAUACUGAUCAGGUUAGGAGUUUUGAGUCUUGUUUUUUCCAAGAAGUGUCAAGGUUGUUGGGAAUUAAAAAGACACACACUUCCGCGUUAUAUCCUCAGUCUGACGGCUAAGUGGAAUGGCAGCAUUUCACUAUUAUAAAUUAUUUAUCAAAAUUUAUUUCCAUAAAUCAAAAAGAUUUGGAUCGUUGGGUACCGAUGUUUCUCCUCGCGUAUCUUCGAAGCAUGAAUCCACUGGAAUUUCACCGGCUGAGUUGCAUUUUAGUCGAAAACUUAGGUUACCCUUGGAUUUGUUACGUGGGACUCCUUCCAAAACAAAGAUGACAAGCGUUUAUUGCAAUCAACUUCAAGAAAAAUUAGAUUUCAUUCAUGAGAUUGCCAGGCGGAAUUUAUGCCAGAAAUCUUUAUCUGCCAAAUUUCAUUAUGAUCGGGAUGCAAAAAGGUGUCAUUUUGCUGAGAGAAGUAAAGUCUGGUUUUUCAAUCCUCAUCGAAAAGUGAGAAAGGCGCCGAAGUUACAGUCGCACUGGGAGGGACCUUUUGAAAUUGUUAAGAGAUUGAGCAAUGUAGUCUAUUGUAUUCAAAAGUCGAAAAGGCAUAGGAAGAAAAUAGUUCAUUCUGAUAGGCUGGCUUCUUUCUGUGAAUGAACGGUUUGAUGUCGGUUAAAAAGUCUGAGCCCGUUAAUAAAUGUAGGAUAUUUGUUUUAAGGAUGAAGAUUUAUUCAUUUCCAUGUUUUUCAGAAACAUCAUUUUUCAUUGCGUUCCCCAGAAUAGUUGUCCUGCUCGUCAGAAUUUGUCCGUCAACAACGAAUUAAGAAGGCUACCUCCUCCACGUCGACGAAACAUUUUUGAUCGUGGUUUUUUCGUGGGGCAUUGGGCAAAUACCGAGGCAGGGACUUGGGGUGUCCUUCAAAAGAACGUUGGGUCUACAGGAGUUCCCCCCCUCCUGUCCAAAGAGGAACCAAGGAAGAAAUAGACGAGAAAGCGAAACAAGUGGAUCGUUUUAGAAAGGUCCUGGAGACUGAUCACCUCUUAGAGGACAGGGAUAGAGAUGGUGUUCUGAAGGCGAAGAGUCAAGAUUCUCGAAACCCUUGAUUGAGAUCAAGUAUUCAUGGAGUCCGGUAACCUAUAGCAGCAGCUCAAGGUAGGGCAGAAGCCGUGAAGAUCUCUGGAGUCAAGGAAGAGGAUGACUUUGCCUCAGUGGAUUGUCGGGACGACAAUUUUAAAGAAAAAGGGGGGUAAUGUUAUAUCCGAGCCGCAGUAUGAACUGCGACGUCAGCUGUUCACGGUCCUUAUCCUUGGCGGUAUCGAUUGAAGAACUGACAACCGAUCAGCUGAGCGACGAACUGACAGGCGGUCAACGGGGCAACGAAGAAAAAUAAGAAAAGGAGGGUUUGGUUUCUAUGACAAGUCGCUGACGCAGGCUAUCCAGCAAUUUUCGGUUGCGGCUCUUAAUCGGGAUUUACGCAAAAGAUCGAGAGUGUAUUUCUGUGCAAUUCACUGUAUAUAAAGGCUUUGCUUCUCCUUUUAA